GCCGGUUGCUGUAGCCGCCGCGGGGGCCGGCGCGGCCGUGGGCGGGGUAGCCGCCGCUGUUUUUCGCGGGAAAGGUCAAGCAAAUAUGCAUUGCAAAUAUGUCUGCGUCUGGGUCUAGAUGAAGAAAGGUUCGUUGUGGGUGUAUUGUGUGUCUGGCAUAAAAAUUUUGCCUGAAAAACAAGCUGCAAGUAUUGCAUACAUAUUCAAGCAGCAGAAGCGGUGGUACUUACACCUCCGUCGUGCACGACCAAACUCGCAGUUUGUAAUGCGCACUACGCAGCAUGAGACUUGAGAGAGCGAAAGAUGAAUUUCUUGUCAUGCUUCGCUACAGGUACAGUUGAAGGCCCAGUGAAUGAUGACCACUCAGCAUUACAGGUUUUUCCCAGGAGACCCAGACAUAUUUGCACUGGAUAUCGCAAGCGAAAAAGCAACAGCUUUCGGCGGAGGCUCGGGCGUGUGCUAAGGCAAUUCAGAAACUGGAACAGGAGAUUGGUGAGACUUUUCAACUCAAUUGCGAUGUCCAACACCGCGACUGAUGUUAAUCUUCACGGGACAUCUUCAGAGGUCCUUCUACUCGAAUGCCAUCGAACGGAGAUAACUUCUUACCUAUUGUCCUCGGAGAAGGAGCCGAUGACGUUAAUGAUCCCCGGCUACAAGAUGUUGAUCCUCAUGAGGAGAUUCGUUCUUUCUGACGCUGCACUCAAGGUCUUUACUGGUUAAAAAGGUUCUUUAUUCUGACGCAUUUUUUUCGCUACAACAUCGACAUGAUCCAAC